UAGAUGCCCCAAACUCCCCCACAAGUAAAGUAACAGCGACAAAAUACUAACUUCUUCCUCUUCCUCUCCUUCUCUCUCCUUUUCUCUCUUUCCUCGUUCGAUCGAUCACUGCCCCUCACCAUCUUCCCCAACGUCUGUUCCCCGGCCAACCAGAAAGAUGUGUGCCACCGCCGUUCUCCGAUCUCAUGAUUGCCUACGCAAACCCUAUUACACUCGCCGAAACACCACUAGUCAUAAUAACCCGAACCCUUCCGGAUCUCGCCGCCGAAAACGGAGCCCCACUGGCUUCGAAACUAACGUCCACGAUGGAUCUAGGAUUGUGAACCCAGAUCUUCGCAAAGCUCCUACCUCGACUUCUGUUGCUGCCAAGAAUAAUCUCGUCAUGGGCCAAGUUAAGAUCCUGAAACGCGGCGAACCGUUGCCAGUGAAUGAUGAUGAUAAGAAUAAUAAUAAUCGCACUGGCAGCAAGAAGGCCAUUUCGACUCCAAUUCCAGCGACGGCGUCUAAGAAAUUAGGGCUUGUGGGUCGCCGCGAUGAGGAUGAUUUGAUUUUGUGUUCGACGGGUCGGUUGGGCCCGGAACCCGAGAUGGUUCAGAAGCAAAUUAGGGCUUCUGAUUUUUACGCUGGAUCGGGUCCCAUAGUGGCUUCUCCUCCCCCGAGUUCGCUUCCCUUUCCUGCGUUCUUUUCGAAGAAGGAGAAGAAGUUUGAUGAGGCUACCAGCGAUCUGCUUCGUUUGUUGAGGCUUGAUUUGCCGUGAGCCCUCCUUACUUCCUUUAAAGUAUGUUACUGAGUGAAUGGGCGACCCUUGUUAUCUUAUCCGAAUUGCGUGGCUAAUUCGUAUGGAAGAAAGUGGAUAGAUCGGGUGGGUUAUGCUUUCUUUAUUCUUCCUCGAUAUUUUUUUGCCAAGAGGGAGAUUAGAGGAAGUAAACAAGCUAAUGGGGCAGUGUUGUUGCAGUCUACUUGCAGAGGAAAGCUAAGCUAAAAUGUCGAGGGGUACUUUUGCAAUCAAAAUGGAGCAAUCAAGGCCUUUACUUGUGUGUUUGGGUUUAGAGCAAAUUUGUGCCUUUGGAGAUUAAGUUAUGGUACUCUAUUAGUAUAAAAUUGUAUAUCCUUCUAGUCUAAUAGCAUUUAAUGGUACUCCAAUGGAAUGGUAGAUGAUUGGACGGAAAAAGAAGUUAUGUUAUGUUUGUGGGAUUUGGGGUAUCUUACUUCCCCAAGCCUAUGUGAAGUAUUUAAUAGGGCUUUUAUGAAUUUGUUUAACGUGAUGUACUCUGGAGUUUAGUUGAUGUGUUUAGCCCCUGUACUACUGAUAUGUAAGUUUUAUCCAAUUGCAAUAAAAGUUCUUAUCUGUGAAUA